CGCCGCCGGGGCAGUGGACGCGCGUCCGUGCGGCCUGGUCAGGGCGAUGUCGCUCUGAGGAGGUCGCGGCCGCCGUCUCCUCGCUCCCGCUCCCCCUCCCAGCCCCGGCUCGGCGGGCAGUGCCGCGCACCAUGGGUUCCAUCCUGAGCCGUCGCAUCGCGGGGGUGGAAGACAUCGACAUCCAGGCGAACUCGGCCUAUCGCUACCCUCCGAAGUCCGGCAACUACUUUGCUUCACACUUUUUCAUGGGAGGUGAGAAAUUUGACACCCCUCACCCUGAAGGUUACCUGUUUGGAGAGAACAUGGAUUUGAACUUCCUGGGCAGCCGCCCUGUCCAGUUUCCCUACGUUACCCCUGCCCCCCACGAGCCGGUGAAGACACUGAGGAGCCUGGUGAACAUCCGCAAGGACUCCCUCCGGCUUGUGAGGUAUAAAGACGAUGCUGACAGCCCCACCGAGGAUGGUGAGAAGCCCCGGGUGCUCUACAGCCUGGAGUUCACUUUCGACGCGGAUGCACGCGUGGCCAUCACCAUCUACUGCCAGGCAGUGGAGGAGUUCCUGAACGGCACCGCAGUGUACAGCCCCAAGAGCUCUGCUCUGCAGUCGGAGACAGUGCACUACAAGAGGGGCGUGAGCCAGCAGUUCUCCCUGCCAUCCUUCAAGAUUGACUUCUCCGAGUGGAAAGAUGAUGAGCUGAACUUCGACCUGGACCGGGGUGUGUUUCCAGUGGUCAUCCAAGCUGUGGUGGACGAGGGAGAUGUUGUGGAAGUGACGGGCCAUGCUCAUGUGCUCUUGGCUGCCUUUGAAAAGCACGUGGAUGGAAGCUUCUCCGUGAAGCCUUUAAAGCAGAAGCAGAUUGUGGACCGGGUCAGCUACCUGCUGCAGGAGAUCUACGGCAUUGAGAACAAGAACAAUCAGGAAACCAAGCCCUCUGACGAUGAGAACAGCGACAACAGCAAUGAGUGUGUGGUGUGCCUGUCAGACCUGAGGGACACGCUGAUCCUGCCCUGCCGCCACCUGUGCCUGUGCACCUCCUGUGCUGACACGCUGCGGUACCAGGCCAACAACUGCCCUAUCUGCCGGCUGCCAUUCCGGGCCCUCCUGCAGAUUCGGGCUGUGCGGAAGAAGCCAGGGGCCCUGUCCCCCAUCUCGUUUAGCCCUGUUCUGGCCCAGAGUGUGGACCAUGACGAGCACUCGUGUCCUUUUAAAAAAUCAAAGUCGCACCCCGCCUCACUGGCCAGCAAGAAACCUAAAAGGGAAACAAGCGCCGACAGUGUCCCACCCGGCUACGAGCCCAUCUCCCUGCUGGAAGCGCUCAAUGGUCUGCGGGCUGUUUCCCCGGCCAUCCCUUCAGCUCCCCUUUACGAGGAAAUCACCUACUCCGGCGUCUCAGAUGGUCUCUCCCAGGCCAGCUGUCCAUUGGCUGGGCUUGACCGAAUCAUGGAAAGCAGCCACCAGAAGGGCAAGCCGAGGAGCAAGUCUCCAGACAGCACCCUGAGGUCCCCGUCAUCUCCCACCCAUGAGGAGGAGGAAGAGAAGCUCUCAGAGAACUCGGACGCUCCAGUCCCUCCCUGCGUUGUCUCAGACACGGUGCUGCGGGAGAGCAGCUCCCCGGAGAGCUUUGGAACAGAAGACGUUGAGGAGGCGUCACUAAAGCAAGGGAGCCGGGUGCCCUCCCUCGAGGACGUCCUGCAAGAUGGCAGUCCCCAGCAUCAUGGCUGCGGCCCGCCAGGCCCUUCUGCCGACAUCUACCUGCCAGGAUGGUCCACCUCCAUGGAGACGCCCCACAGCCUCGGCACCGCGGGCCCUCCCUGGCCUCCACGUGGCGGCUCCAGCCCCGAGCCCGGGCCCACGGAGCUCACCCCACUCUGAGCCCAGCUAGGCUGACAGCACGGAGCCCUCAGCCCCCUGGACCUUGCUGAGGGGCUUCCCCGAACCCCAGCACGAUCCUGGCCUCUCCUGUCUGUGCACCCUGUGUGACCACCAGGCUGCGAGGGGCCACCGUGACCCCAGAUCAAGAGCACAGUGGACUGCCCCCUCCACACCCCUUUUUUUCUACAGUCAGUCUAUUUGUAAUGGUACAAAUGAAGGCCAGCAGCGUUCUACUCGGCUCUCGGGGCCUCCCACAGAGGCCAGGUCCAUGCUCCAAGAGCUGACAGCUAGCGGAGGAGAAGUACCGAAGGGUUCAGUGCUGUCCAUGGACACCCGGGAAGCCUGCGGGAAGCCUGGCUCGCAGUCAGUGAAGGAACCGUGUCUGUCCGA